AUGUCAUCGGGUAGUAUUCCUAGUGCAAAUCGUAGUCGUCGACCAUCAUGGUCUGAUGCUAAAAAAGUUUGGGAUGCCGGUGAUGAAGAAGAUACUUAUUCGGAUUCACAUACACAGAUAUUAAAAAAAUUAGACACUUAUUAUCGUAAAGUAAAACGUCAAAUUCUUGCAUUUCAAAGUUUAACAACUGGUCUUUUUCCUAAUCAUCUUGAACCAGAUAAAAAAGUUGGACAUGUUGUUGAGAAUGUUUUUUGUGCUAUUGCUGUAUGGUCAUUACGACAAUGUUAUUGUAAAAUUGACAAUGAUCAAGGACGAGCACAUGAAUUAGGACAAGCAGCUGUGAAAUGCAUGCGUGGUAUUCUUAAUUGUUGGAUGAGACAAGCAAAAAAAGUUGAAGUAUUUAAAAGUGAACAAUCACCAAAAGAUGCAUUACAUUCACGCUUUAAUGUUUUUGAUGGUAGUGAAGUUGAAGGCGCAGAUGAAGUUGGUCAGUUACAAAUAUGUGCUAUAUCAAUUUUUUUGAUAACACUUGUACAAAUGAUUACAUCGAAUCUUCAGAUUAUUUUUUCUAUGGAUGAAGUAAAUUUUGUUCAACAACUUGUUUUUGCUAUUGAACGUGCUUAUCGUACACCAGAUUAUGGAAUAUGGGCAAGAGGAAGUAAAUAUAAUACGAAUUCGUGUGAACUUCAUGCAAGUUCAAUUGGUAUGGCAAAAGCUGCACUUGAAGCCAUGAAUGGUUUUAAUCUAUAUGGUGAUAAGGGAGCGAAUUGGUCGGUAGUUUAUGUUGAUGUGGAUGCACAUAAUCGAAAUAGAACUACAUUUGAUAUGCUUCUACCUCGAGAAUCAGCAUCCAAAAAUUCUGAUGCUGCUUUAUUAUUAACAGUUAGCUGGCCAACAUUUGCUAUUCAUGAUUCAACACUUGUACAGAAUACAAUUCGAAAAUGUAUUAGAAAAUUGCGAGGAACACAUGGCUUUAAAAGGUUUUUACGUGAUGGUCAAUAUACAGAUUUAGAAUCGAAAGAUCAACGAUUUUAUGACCCAACAGAAAUGAAGAAAUUCGAUAAAAACGAAUGUGAAUGGCCAGUGUUCUUUGCAUUAAUGAUUAUUGAUGGUAUUUUUAAAAAUAAUCAAGCACAAGUUGAUGAAUAUUUAGCUGUAUUAAAUCCUCUGUUACGACGAACAACUGAAGUACCUGGUCGUACGAGUUCGUUUGCUGCUAUUUAUUCUGAAACCAAUUCACCAAGGUCACGUUCCAGUACUAAAGGACAACAAGAUUUAUACUCAUCACAAGACACUAGUAUGAUCAUAUAUUUUAUCAGUUAUAUAAUGGUGCUUGAAAAUUUUUCUCCAUUAGCUAACAUCAGAAAUUUAUCAUCCUCUCGUCCUUUAACUCCAUCAUUAACUAAAGGUAGCACUGUUCGUCGCGAAAUGAUGGUACAUUAUUAUUAUGUUGAUCAUUCAAAACAACAAAGUAGUGCUCAAAGUGAGAGUAGUGAUCGUGGCACUAAUCACCAAUUACCAUUUGCAUGCAGUUCUGAAAUUCUUCAUGGAAAUUUCUUUCUUUUUGGUCAAGCUAUUUGGAUUAUUUGUCAGUUACUUGUUGAUAAAGUUCUAACAAUUAGUGAUCUUGAUCCUAUUCGACGAUAUUUAUCACCUAGUGAGCGGCCAAAACCAAAUUCAAGAUAUUCAUCUAUACAAGAUUCAUUACGCUAUCAAUAUACUCCAAAUAUACCAAAACGAAUAUCAAAUGCAUCAUUUGAUGCAAUUGAAGGAAAAAAACAACAACGUGUAGUUGUUCCAGCGAAUGUUACGUUCUCCGAUUUAAUUAUUCAAGUUGUUGCCAUAUCAGAAACUGUUCGUUUACAACAAGUAUUAGCAACAUAUGGUAUUCAAACACAAACACCAAAACAAGUUGAACCACUUUUAAUUUGGCCACCAGCAGAAUUAGUUAAAGCAUAUGCAAAUUUAGGUGUAAAUAAAAAACUUGGUUUUAGUGGACGUCCAGAUCGACCUAUUGGUGUAUUGGGUACAUGUAAAGUCUAUAGAAUUUGUUCAAAAACUGUUUUAUGUUAUCCAUUAACAUUUGAAACGAAUGAUUUUUAUAUGUCAAGUGACAUGGCUUUAUUAUUAGAUAAUAUUCGAACUGAUUUUGAAUUUAUAACUAAAUGUUGGCGUCUCAAAGGUCGUCCAAUAUAUCUGGUAAUGUUACGUGAACGCCAUCUUCGAGGUCCACAAAAAUCAGAUCUUCUUGAAUUAUUAACACAAAUUCGUCAAGGCAAAAUUUCAUCAAAUAUAUAUGUUCGACUAGAACGUCUACAGACUGCAAUAUCAAGUGCUUGCGUCGAACAUUUAGACUUUUUAAAUUAUUCAUUAUGUACAACUUUGGAAUGGCAAUCAGUUGCUGUUCAUGAACAUAAAAAUACAACUGAAGUCGGUCGUUAUAAAUCACUAACAGAUGUAUCAAAAAUGCCUAUUGUGGUUGAAGAUAUUGAUUAUAACAAUCAUGAAUUUAAAAAUCGACAUGACGAAGAAUUACGUGAAUUUAUUGGUAAUACAGAUACAUCAUUAGGUUCAUUAAGAAAACAUGCACUAGCUACAUAUGAAUUAUAUAAACGUGGUGGUCUUGAUUGGAUGAUUCGAGACAAUUAUCGUGUUAGAAAUCAUCUCGAACAUUUAAUAAAAGAAGCAGCAACAUGGCAACAUUGGGCUGUUAUUCGUUUUGUAUCUAGUCUUUUACAUAAAAUCGUUGAUAGUUUAGCUCCAUCAGUAACACAAUUACUUGUACGAGGAAAAACAGUUACUCUUGGAAUUUUUGGUCAUGAAGAAGCAGUUAUUGAUAGACCUAUGCGUCCUAAUGAAAUAUUCAAGAUACUUUACAGUGAGAAUAUAUUUGGUCAUAGUAUAUUUCAUGCUGUUUUAUUACAAGAAAUACUUAUUGAUGUUGCACUUUUCAUGUCUACAUUUCCGCAACUGUUUAAUGGUAUCCUCAAAUUACGACUCGGAUGGGUUCUUCAAGCAAUGAAACUCAGUUUAGAACAUUUGAAAGGUGAUGUUGAAGAUGUUGUGACAUUAAAUACAUUAUCACCAAAUGAAAUUAAACAAUUACUUUAUUUUGUUUUAACAACUGAUUUACAACAAGCACCAAUACAAGCUGCUGAUAUUGACCAAAGUUCAUCUUUUCAAAAACGUCAAAUGGAUGGAGCAUUAUGCCGUGUUCCAUCUGAUUUUUUUGAACAUGUUUGGUCAAUACUUGAACGAACACCUGGUGGAAUAAAAUUAUGUGGUGUUUUUCUUCCACAACAACCAACAUUAUCUGAUAUGACUGAUUAUGAAUUAAAUUUUUCAUUAAAAAUUGAAGAAAUGCUUAGUCGAAUAUCUGAUCCAGCUUAUCGAUGUCUUGUUGUCGAAAUGUUUGAAUUAAUAAAUGUUUUAUUGAAACGUAAUGCUGAAUUACGUUUUACUCAAACACUUGACGCAGAUUAUUUAAUACAUGAAGCUGUUAAUUUAUAUCAACAACAAACAAAUUCAACAGAUUCAUUGAAAGAUUUCUAUAAUCUACCAAUGCAACUUGUUGGUGGCUCAACAGGUUAUAUGGUUCGAGUUAUUAUCAACUAUUUAUUUAAUGCAAAUAUACAAAAAGUUGAUAAUAUUGAUUUAAAUUCGGGUACAAAUGCCGAUAUAUGCAAAAUAUCCUGA